GCAGGGUCCCGGACUCCAGCCAGCCAGCCAAGGCAGCCAGGCAGGGGCCCGGACUCCAGCCACCAGCCAAGCUAGGCAGGCAGGAGCCAGGACUCCAGUCAGCAAGCCAAUGCAGGCAGGCAGGAGCCAGGACUCCAGCCAGGUAGCCAAGGCAGGCAGGCAGGAGCCAGGACUCCAGCCAGCCAGCCAAGGCAGGCAGGCAGGGGCCCGGACUCCAGCCAGCCAGCCAAGGCAGGCAGGCAGGGGCCAGGACUCCAGUCAGCAAGCCAAGGCAGGCAGGCAGGAGCCAGGACUCCAGUCAGCAAGCCAAGGCAGGCAGGCAGGAGCCAGGACUCCAGCCAGCCAGCCAAGGCAGGCAGGCAGGAGCCAGGAUUCCAGCCAGCAAGCCAAGGCAGGCAAGCAAGGACCACGACUACAGGCUGCCAGCCAAGGCAGGCAGGCAGUGGCCAGGAAUCCAGCCAGCCGGACAUGGCAGGCAGGCAAGAGCCAGGACUCCAGCCAUCCAGUCAAGGCAGGCAGGCAGGAGCCAGGACUCAAGCCACCUAGCCAAGGCAGGCAGGCAGGAGCCAGGACUCCAGUCAGCAAGUCAAUGCAGGCAGGCAACAGCCAUGACUCCAGCCAGGUAGCCAAGGCAGCCAGGCAGGAGCCAGGACUCCAGCCAGGUAGCCGAGGCAGGCAGCCAGGAGCCAGGACUCCAGAAAGCCAGCCAAGGCAGGCAGGCAGGGGCCCGGCAUCCAGCCAGCCAGCCAAGGCUGGCAGGCAGGGGCCAGGACUCCAGCCACCCAGCCAAGGCAGGCAGGCAGGAGCCAGGACUCCAGACAGCAAUCCAAGGCAGGCAGGCAGGGGCCCGGACUCCAGCCAGUCAGCCAAGGUAGGCAGGCAGGGGCCAGGACUCCAGUCAGCCAGCCAAGGCAGGCAAGGAGGGGCCAGGACUACAGCCAGCUAGCAAAGGCAGGCAGGCAGGAGCCAGGACUCCAGCCAGCCAGCCAAGGCAGGCA